AUGGCCUCCGACUUCGAUCCCUUCACUCAGAAUCUCAUCUUCCAUCAUGCGGAUGGGACUCCGUUCCCGGUUCCUCUGGCAAGUUUGAACGACUUCAUCCAAUAUGGCAUUCGGAUCUGCAUCAACUAUGGGGCGCAGCUCGGUGCCUCCAUCAUCCUCUUUGUGAUUCUGAUGCUCCUGACGAGGCCUGAAAAGCGCGGGUCGCAUGUGUUUAUCCUCAAUAGCUUGUCUUUGUUUUUCAACAUCGGACGACUGCUGUGCCAAGUCAUCUAUUUCACGACCGGCUUCGAGAAUCCAUACGCCCUCUUUGCCGAGGACUACUCGCGCGUUGGGGCCAGCGCCUAUGCAGACUCCAUCCUCGGCGUUGUCCUGACCUUCUUGAUGCUGCUCUGUAUCGAGGGCUCUCUAGUGCUUCAGGUACAGCUCAUCUGCGUGACGCUGCGUCGUAUGUACCGGCGAGCGAUUCUCGGCUCAUCAAUCCUCAUGGCGCUGAUUCCCAUCGGAUUCCGACUGGCGUAUACCGUGGAGAACUCCAUGCAGAUCCUAGGCAAGCGGGUAUUAGACGACAUCCAGUGGCUGGAAAGCGCUACCAACAUCGUCAUCACGGUCAGCAUCUGCUUCUUCUGUGCCAUUUUCGUCACCAAGCUGGGAUUCGCUAUCAAACAGCGCGAGCGGCUUGGAGUCAGAGACUUUGGACCAAUGAAAGUCAUCUUCGUCAUGGGAUGCCAAACGCUUGUCAUUCCAGCGCUGUUUUCCAUCCUCCAGUAUGCAACCACCACGCCGGAACUGUCUUCCAACGUGUUAACUCUGGUCUCAAUCUCGCUCCCGCUGUCGUCUAUCUGGGCAGGCUUCUCCCUCACCAAGAAAGGCCCUGCAUUCCACUCCUCUUCUUCUUCUUCCGCCCGCAACCUAUGGAAUAUGCUCUCUUUCCAGACCUCCGGCAGAGGGGAGACGACUAUCGCCUCCCAGGCAGCUCGCACCCACUGUUUCAGCGACUCCCGUCCCAUCAAGGAGCACUUUGAUCUUGAAUCCGGAGGCGGGAUCUCCGUCGAGCAUGAUAUUUCAGUACAUAGUUACCAUAAGAGUACGACUUCGGAGGCAGAAGGGGUUUAG